CGGGAAAACCACACCCUUUCCCCCCGGCCAGGGCAGCGCCCGGGGCGCUCCGGCGGCCGCGGCCCGGGGACCCGGCGGCCUCCUGCCGGGGGCGGGGUAGCGGGAUGCCGCCCCGACCCCUCCCCGCCGCAGCCGCCGCCGCCAUGGCAACCACCCGUCGCCGCGCGCGCGCACCCCCCCUCCGUGCCUCUCCCCCCCCCCUCCCCUCCUCCCCGGUCUGACGGAGCAGAAGGACUGCGCCCCCCUCCCCGCGCCGCUCCCGUCCGCGGACACGCACCCCGGCUCUCCCAGGCCUUUCCAGAUGUUCAGCUGUCCAGUCAGCAAUACUGCACAGCUGCUAUGACGUGAGACCAUAUGUCCAGCAAUCUCAGGGAGCUGUGGAAAAUUUUUGGUCUGCCUGGGUAAAAUUUUGGUCAGAGAAAGACACAUGUCCAGAAAAAAACAGAAGUUUUUAUCUGGGUGAAUGUCAGGGACCCCACCCAUCCUGAGUCAGAGUACAAGGGAAAGGAACUGAUGCUCUUUUUGUGUGAUUUCUGAGGGAAGAUGAAUUUAGCAGAGAUUUGCGAUAAUGCCAAAAAAGGAAGAGAAUAUGCACUCCUUGGGAAUUACGACUCUUCUAUGGUGUAUUACCAGGGUGUCAUCCAGCAAAUCCAGAGACAUUGCCAGUCAAUCAGAGAUCCAGCAAUUAAGGGCAAAUGGCAACAGGUCCGACAAGAAUUAGUUGAAGAAUAUGAACAAGUUAAGAGCAUUGUCAGCACUUUAGAGAGUUUUAAAAUGGACAGACCUGCAGAUAUCCCUGUAUCCUGUCAAGAUGAGCCUUUUAGAGAUCCCGCUGUUUGGCCCCCUCCUGUUCCAGCUGAACACAGCAUGCUUUUGUUGUGGUUACUUGUUGUUAGGGCUCCACCUCAGAUAAAACGUCCCAACCGAGAUGUAAAACCUUUGAGGAAAGAAUCACCAGGCCUGCAGCCCCGUGGGCCUGCAGGCAGAGCACAUGCGGUAUCCAAGAGUGAGAAGUCUUCAGGCAGUCGUGAAAGGGAAUCUAGAGCUAGAGGAAGAGAUGACAAGGGAAAGAAAAUACCCCAAGAAGUUGGUGAUGGGGAAAUACCAAAAUUUGAUGGAGCCGGUUACGACAAAGACUUGGUUGAAGCUCUUGAAAGGGACAUUGUAUCAAGGAAUCCAAGCAUUCACUGGGAUGACAUAGCGGAUUUGGAGGAAGCCAAGAAAUUAUUAAGAGAAGCUGUUGUUCUUCCAAUGUGGAUGCCUGAUUUUUUCAAAGGGAUCAGGAGACCUUGGAAGGGUGUGCUGAUGGUUGGUCCUCCUGGCACUGGCAAAACAAUGCUUGCAAAAGCUGUUGCUACAGAAUGUGGAACAACAUUCUUCAAUGUGUCUUCCUCUACCCUGACAUCUAAAUACAGGGGCGAGUCUGAGAAGCUGGUCCGCCUCUUGUUUGAAAUGGCGAGGUUUUAUGCUCCAACAACAAUCUUCAUUGAUGAGAUAGAUUCCAUCUGCAGCCGCAGAGGCACAUCCGAUGAGCAUGAGGCGAGUCGCAGAGUCAAGUCAGAGCUGCUUGUGCAAAUGGACGGGGUAGGUGGUGCUCUGGAAAAUGAUGACCCUUCCAAGAUGGUUAUGGUAUUAGCAGCUACAAAUUUUCCGUGGGAUAUUGAUGAAGCUCUUCGACGGAGGCUGGAGAAGAGGAUUUAUAUACCUUUGCCCACAGCAAAAGGCAGAGCAGAACUACUUAAGAUUAACCUUCGUGAAGUAGAACUGGAUCCUGAUAUCAGCCUUGAAGAAAUUGCUGAGAAGAUUGAAGGCUAUUCUGGUGCUGACAUCACUAAUGUUUGCAGGGAUGCCUCUUUAAUGGCAAUGAGACGACGUAUUAACGGCUUAACUCCAGAAGAGAUUCGUGCACUUUCUAAAGAGGAGCUUCAGAUGCCGGUUACCAAGGGGGACUUUGAGCUGGCUCUGAAGAAAAUCUCCAAAUCUGUUUCUGCUGCAGACCUGGAGAAGUAUGAAAAAUGGAUGGUGGAGUUUGGAUCUGCUUAAUCUCAGCGACAGCUCUCCUUUGCUAGAGUUCUAUGGCUUUUGUCAUUUUCGUUUGCAAAAUGAGUUAGACAUCUUUUUAAAGGUUUAAUAAAAGGUCUGCCUCUGCCCCCAUCCCACCCCCUUCUGGUGACAAGAUCUUUUAAACUCCAUUUGCCUUUAAAAGGAACAAACACAAUAAUGAGCUGAUAUUGUAAAAGAUAUUUUAUCUCUGAAAUGGUAAAGAAAGACAAACAGGAAGGGAAAAAUUAUAUUUGUGAGGAUAAUUUUUUUAUUUUUCCCAUGAAGAGCAGUGUUACUUAACCUCCUCGUAGUCAUCUUUCGUGGCUGGAAUCAAUAAAUCAGCCAGGGUGUGUGACUCCAGAGGAGCUAACAAGGGCUUCCUGUAACCCCUGCUCUUAAGUGCUUCUUUUCUGUUGAGCUGCUGACUCUGCCCCCCUUGAAUGUGGCAUCGAAGAUACUGUUCUCUCUCUCUCUGCUCGGAUAUUCAGAGCAAAGUCUGUGGAUUAACUGGCAUUACACAGAGCAAAGGAGGAUCAGUUCUCCAUCAAGGCAUGGGCUUGGCUGUCCUCUCACGUACAGCCAUAUGGAAUCGAUGUCACUUCAGACUGCAUUGAUGUACCUGCGAUGACUUUUGAUGGAAAUGAGAGGAAAAGGAAAGGGCCUUUAUUGCUCUCAGUCUGGUUUAUGCUUGAUCUCUGAACAUAGUUUGUACCAGUUUGACCAGUAGACACUUUGACUUAAGUUACGUCUUGCACUUUUAUGCUUAUGUAUCAUCCUAUACUUUGUGUGUGCUGUUUAGAUAUUAUUACUGUUAUUUAAGUACGAAGAGUUUAAUACAGUAAAGACACUAAUAUCAAGGCCAUCUUUAAAACACAAGGCUGUCCUUAAAACAUAUGGCUGUGGACUUCUACUUCUGAUUAGACAUGAACUCUUUCCUAGCUUUACUAGGCAAUGGAAUUUGCACCUGUUUAUGUUGUAGAACUGUUCAUGCUUAAUUUUUUUUAAUGAAGAUUUCUUAAAAAUGUAUAAAUGUUAUUGAUUUAGGGGUAAAUAAUCUGUAUGAUCUCAUUCAUGUUGUUAUCUGUUUCCUCCCUUCCCACGUACAAGUGCAGGGAUGAGACAGGUUGGGUUAUAAACUCUGGCAUGAGAAAUCCUCUCUCUAGAGUAUAACUGUCAUGCUGACUAUAUGAGCUUUUCACAGACUCUGGCUGCGAGUCUGACAUAUGAAGGUUUCCCAUGGUAGGAAUGAGAAGGAGAGGUUAAAUGUAUAGAGGAAUAUGCAAGCUCUCAAAUUUUUUGGUGAUUUUUGUGAGCUAGGCCCGAAGUAUCUUGGUGGAUGUGAGUUGCUCGCCACCAUCAGGUGCUUACCACCACCAGGUUCGGUAGGUAUUCUGCCCUUCAGCUCUCUGCUGAGACUCCUAGUGGCAUAACCAGAUGUGGCAAAUUGGAGUAAGAAAGAGAUAACACCUCCUCUUGAAUGGGAAUUUAACCUUAUUUGCUCCUUUUUGCUAGUUCUUGGAAGUUCCCAAUAAUGUCAGUAAUUCUGCACUCUGGUCUUUUGGGCCAUGACAUGUGAACCACUAAGGCAAAUGCCACUCAAGCUUGUCUACUGUUCAAUAGCAAGGACUGUCAGGAUACAUGCUUGACAGCUCUGCAGCAUCUAUCUGAUUAUGUGAGCAACUUUCAAAGCUGUUUUACCAUUGCUGUUUUGUCUUGUCAGUAUUCCUUUUUUCUUUCUUUGUAUGUGAAGACUACGUCUCAGAUUGAUCCUGUCAUUUUAAAGAGCUGUCCCAAUUUGCAUGGAGGAACACUAUGGAGAUUCUGUCAAUCUUGCAUUUGACAUGAAAAUCAGUUGGGGCUUUAGAAACGUGUUUCCAUUUGGCACUCCAGAAAAAUACCUUCUAGGGCUCCCAGGCUGGUUGAGGCACAGCUGCUGUUGAUAUCUUUUGAAAGACAGAGCAUCUCUCCUGGUCAACGUUAGGUCCUGUUACACUCCUGGACAGGGAGGUUAGUGCAGGAAGAACAUCAGCUUUUACCCCCUUUACCUACAGGCUGAAUAAAAUCUCCAGUUGCUUCUUUCCUGACUGGUUUGCAGUAACUGCACAGUAGAGCCCUUGGGAUUCACCAUACCUACCACUGUCAGACUAAAAGGAACAGUUCUUCUGCAUUGGAAGAUGAACAAGUAGAAGCUGUGUUGACUCUAUAAUUUUUGGAUAAGUUUUUACCAAGGCUAGUCUAUGCCUCCCAGGGAAUAACUGGACUUUAUAUAGAGAAAGCUUUGAAAACGUUGCUACAGUCUGUUAUUUCUUCCUUAUGAAAGCUGUAGGCUGCAGCUGUUACUCUUUUGUUUGUUUGUUUAUUUGUUUUACUGCAGCAGAAAUUAGUAAAGCUACCCAAAUCUGUUGUGGCCAAUGCCAGAUUAGCACUUCAGGGUGCCUCACUGGAGAGGCCACUGCUGCCCAAGGAGCUUAGUCUACACAAGCAAGAUCUAGAAGGGAAUAGACUUGAAUGCCAAUAACUUGCCCUGUUCAGCGGCCCAAGAGCAGUGCUGGGAUUCAGCAGCUGCUGCUUAGAAAGGUUUAUGUACCAGUCUUCUCAGUUUCAUAUUGCAAGCGGCAGUGCUGUUCCUGCUGACAAAAGCACAGCGUUUCGCAAAAAUGAUGUUCCUUAGCUCUUUGAUGAAUGUUCUGUCUUAAGGUGUUUAAUUUUGCUUAACAUCCAAGAGGGAAGUUCACUGUAUUGGGCAUUCCAUCUAGUAGGAAUUAUUCAGGUGCUGUGGUCUUUUUCUGUCAAGGUCAUGAUUUCUACCCCAAAUAUGUUUUUCCUGUACAGGUCUGUUCAUCCUUUACUGCUGCAGAACAGAAAAGUGAAAGUUCCCAGGCUGUAGAUGUUUAUAUGUACGAUGGUUGUGCCCAAGCACAACACCUGUGAGUUGGGCCCCACUAGGUCAGGCACCCCACAAGAUGGAGACCCUUUCUUCCCUGCUGAGACUUUUCAGGAUAGGGAUCUGACCCUGUGUGCUGACCUUCACGUCUUUACCAAGUCACUCUGGUGCAGUCACCUAGGUGGGCUUGGAGCUUGGGUUAUUAACGCAAGAGAGGAGCCAGCAGUGGGGUGCAGCAAGGAGCAACCAGGGAAUGAAGGCUGGGCAAAGAGUGGCAGCAGCUCGAGGCCUUAAGGGUGAGCUUACGGCUCAGCAUAAAUCCAGUUCAUGUCCCACCGGGGGAAACACUUGUGUAGGGAUGUUGGAUUCCUCAGAGAGCAAGCUACGAGCAUAUUGCAGCUGCUGCGACGAUUUGUUCAGCCUGUGUCUGUACAGAGCUACACGUGCACACGCGUGUGUGUGUACGUAUACGCUCACAACAUGUGGCGCUUCAGUAGUUUGUACCUAAAUGACAUAAAAAACAUGUUUUAAAGCUGUGUUUAUGUGUCUCUUUCUAAACAUCUGUGAACGCCUUCUUGGGUGGCACUGUUGAUUUUUGUACAGUAAGCAAUCUGGUUGUAUGAAGUAAUAAACGUACGUGUAGAGUC